AUGGGCCAUCCUAUUUUGCAACAAAGAGCAGAAGAAAUUGAAGAUCCGAAAUCCCCUGAGACGCAGAAAAUCAUUCAAGACAUGAUUGACACUUUAGAUGAUUUUGGCCCUGUCGCAGGACUUGCCGCCCCACAAGUCUAUAUUUCAAAGCGUAUCAUUUUUUACGAAGUCCCAAAAGAACGCGCUGAUAAUUAUACUCCCGAAGGGGUACCCCCCACAUUUUUGAUCAAUCCUGUUCUGGAACCCUUAGGUGAAGAAAAAGAGCUUGGAUGGGAGGCAUGCCUUUCUCUCCCUGAUGUUAUGGGGGAAGUUCCUCGUUAUAACCAUAUUCGCUGCACAGCGUUUAAUCAGGCUGGUGAAAAAGUCGAUUUUGAGGCAAAGGGGUUUCACGCACGUGUUCUUCAGCACGAAUGUGAUCAUUUGGAUGGCAUUUUGUAUCCCAUGCGCAUGACAGACAUGUCUCGCUUUAGCGCUAUGGCAGAAAUUAUGCGUUAUGUCCGCAGCAAGGAAAUGCAAGAAAAAGAGCAAGCUUCACAGUCACAAACAAAUGAUGCCGCAUAA